UCGAAAGCCUAUAAGGUGCUUGCGCUGUUAUAAAGGAUUGACAGAGCUCAUGAGAUCUUGUUUUUAGUUCUAUAUAAUAUACUUAUAAUAAUCAGAAGCACCAUUCUGCGGGAGUUACAGAUUCACUGGGUUUAUUAUUGUGAAGCUUAGUUGUGGACUCUUCCUCACUGAGAUAAAAAUUACAUUUUGGAAUAUAAACAGCUACUGUGUUACUUUUUGUUUGAAAUUGGAGAUAUUGAAGCUUAAUACCCUAGGUCCUAAGUUUAUUUAUCCAAUUUUCUUUUAAGAUUCGGUGUACGCAAGAAAAUAUUUGAAUUUUGGAAUCCAAUGUCUGAAUUUGUUAGUUCAAUAUGUGAAAGAUGCUAAGACUUGCAUAGAAUAAUAAUACUACUAGUUUGCAGUGGUGCAAAUAACUGACUACUUGCCAAUGUAAAGGAGGAAAACAUAUUCCUAAUAAAUGGGCGAUCUAUUUCAUCACUUUUCUUUAAAUAGGUUCACCUCUCAUUAGUACAAACGUCAAUUGUAGUACCUCCAUCCUCACUGGUAAUCCAUUCUUGUCGCACAAACAUCCAUAAUCCUCUCCUGGCUAAAUAUGUUUAUUUAUCCCCUUCAUUUUCAUCUUUUUCCAUGUACAAGUCUGCCUCAGGCUCUGUACAUUCAUAUCUUUUCAAGGAAACGAAAACCGAAUCACUGGUCUAAUCUCCAGUGAUUCUUGUUUUCCAUUCCUUGUUAGAAUAUAUACAUAUUUCAUGGCGUCCAUUUAUAGCAUCAAGAUGUCAAUUCUCCUCCUCUCCCUGUUAUAUUUAGUUGCACUGCUGCCUAAAUCCAACGCAAAAAUUGCAGAAAUGGAUGAUUAUCUCAGAAAAAAGGCUGAGCAAUCCCAUCUUGAAUAUAUCAAGGCCUAUGUUCCCAACCCUGAGGCUGUUGCUGAGGAAAUCAGUCAAGAAGUUGGCGAGACAAUGGUGCACCAUAUCACCAAGAGGAGGCACCUCCUGGAAGGUGGCAACAAGGCUACAAACCCCAUCGACCGUUGCUGGCGCGGCGACCGCAACUGGGACCAGAACCGCAAGAGGCUCGUGGACUGCGUCCUCGGCUUCGGCCGCCACACCACAGGAGGAAGGGACGGGGAAUUCUACGUCGUCACCGACAACUCCGACGAUGACGUGGAUAACCCUAGGCCGGGCACCCUCCGGCACGCGGUCAUCCAGACGGAGCCCCUGUGGAUCAUCUUCGAACGCGACAUGCUCAUCAGCCUCAAGCAAGAGCUCAUCUUCGCCAGCGACAAGACCAUCGACGGCCGUGGCGCCAAAGUCCGCAUCGCGUACGGGGCCGGCUUCACGAUCCAGUUCGUCCACAACGUGAUCAUCCACAACAUCCGGAUGCACAACAUCGUCCCGGCCUUCGGAGGCCUGAUCAGGGACGCUGUCGACCACAUCGGCCUCCGCACCAUAAGCGACGGCGACGCCAUCUCCAUCUACGGCUCCAACAACAUCUGGAUCGACCAUGUCUCCCUCUCCAAAGCCACCGACGGCCUCAUCGACGCCAUCGAGGGAUCCACCGCCAUCACCAUCUCCAACUGUAAAUUCAACAACCACAAUGCUGUGAUGCUUCUUGGAGCACAUGAUAGUACUACUGAAGACAAACUGAUGCAAACAACAAUUGCAUUCAACCGUUUUGGUGAAGGUUUGGUGCAGAGAAUGCCGAGGUGCAGAUGGGGUCUAUUCCACAUCAUCAACAACUACUAUUCCCACUGGCAAAUGUAUGCCAUCGGCGGCAGCGCAAACCCCACUAUUAUCAGCCAGGGCAAUCGAUACAAGGCUGCAGACAACUCCAACACCAAGCAGGUGACCAAGAGGGAGUAUUCUUCUGAGGAGGAGUGGCAGAAUUGGCAAUGGCAAUCCGAAGGCGAUGUGUUUGUCAACGGAGCCUACUUCCAAUCUUCUGGUCCGAAGAUCAAACACAACCACUGGAGUGUUGCCACAAAGAGGCACAUGAUGAAGUUCAGGCCAGGCUCAUAUGCAGGCAGGCUAUCGCGAUAUGCAGGCGUCCUCAAGUGCGUUGCAGGGAAACUGUGCUGAUCGGGGAGGUAGUAGGAGAAUUGUACAUCUGCAUCCAUCACAUGUAUGACGUCGGAAAAAUAUUUCAAUAAACGUUAACUUUGUUUA